AUGACUACAUACAGAUCCAUCCAGAAGCAUUUCAUGACCUUCGAGCAAGAGGAAGGUGUUGGUGCGCGUGUGAGGCGGUCCGUUGGUACCAUGAAGCAGCGCAUGUUCUCGCCAUUCCUGAUGCUGGACGACUUCUACGUGAAGCACCCUGCCGGGUUCCCAGACCACCCUCACCACGGGCAAGAGACCAUCACCUAUGUGUUGAACGGUAUGGUUGCACACGAGGACUUCACCGGUGCCAAAGGUGUGUUGGGCAAAGGUGACUUGCAGUUCAUGACUGCUGGUAAAGGUAUAGUGCACAGUGAGAUUCCUGUGCAGAUGGAGAGCGGCGAGGCGUGCCACGGUUUGCAAUUCUGGGUCGACUUGCCAAAGGAUUUGAAGUGGUGUGAGCCACGUUACAGAAACCUGCGUGGUGACAAGAUCCCAGUGGUGAGACCUAACGAGAACUUGACCGUGAAGGUCAUCAGUGGUAAGAGUUACGGUGUCGACAGUGUCAGAGACCUGGCCUACACUCCUAUCCACAUGUACCACUACUUGACCAACAAGGCCGGCACACAGUGGGAGCAAGAGUUCCCAAAGAACUUCAACGUGUUCAUGUAUGUGAUGAAGGGUAAAGUCAGUGUUGGCGACCAAGUGUUCCCAGAGCACACUGCCGUGUUCUUCAACACCGACGGUGAUGCUGUCAAGGGUGAGUUCGCUACGGACGAUGCGCAGUUUGCCAUCAUGGGUGGCCAGAUCCUCGACCAACAGACCAUCCAGCACGGCCCAUUCGUGGAGACCGACAGAGAGAGUCUAAUGAAGGUGUUUAUGAACUACCAGUACGGUAUCAACGGUUUCGAGCGUGCCAAGGGCUGGCAAUCCUCGAUCAUCCACGGUAUCACCGAAAAACAGGUCAGAGAGAACGAGGCCAAGGGCUUGUACAAGCUAGAUCACGAAAGAGAUUGA